AUGCUGUGCGAGAGAUGCGACCAGCUUAGACUGGACAACCUCGAAAAGACCCAUGCGUCGUGCUCAUCCGAGGGUGGCAAGAGAGUUGUGGAUUAUCGCGCAUUUCAGGACUUUGCCUAUUCCUUUGUGGACAGAGCUCCUGGCUUUCCAUUCCUUGAGGCAUCUGAGAAAGUAGGAUACUACGAUGGGGAGGUCAAGGUCCGCUACAGAUAUCUGUUGCAGGAUGCCUAUAUCCAGGGACCAAAAUACCCUGGGGCGUUGGUAGUCAACGUUGAGCCUGAUGACCCGUCUCAACAGGAACUUGGAAACGUAUACGUGUUUUCAAUUCAUAGUAACCGAGAAUGCGUCCAAGAAUGGCUUCAAACCAUUCCAUGGCCCGAACGGGACGCGUUGUCGGAAAAGUCCCUCGAGUUCAUCAAUGAAUGCCUGGAGACUCCACUUCGCUCUGAACCAGACAUUGAUAAGGACUUUAACCCUACGCGCCUUCUUGACCUUGGAGAAGGAGAGAAUCCGACCAUCCGUCUCAUCAUCACCAAGGAUAUUAAGAAGCAGUUAAAGUAUGCGGCUUUGAGUUAUUGCUGGGGCCCUCCGGAGAUCGCGAAACAUCAGUCCAUAACAACGGCCGAGUCUCUGGAUAGUAGGUUAAAGCACAUUUCGCUAGAAGAGCUUUCGCCUGUGAUCCAGGACACCAUCAGAUUCUGCAGAGGGAUUCGAGAUCCAAUACGUUACCUCUGGGUUGAUGCACUCUGCAUCAUCCAGCGCGACGGCCAAGAUUGGCAGACUGAGAGUGGCCUCAUGAGUCUCAUCUACAAGAACGCUUUCGUUACGCCCUGUUCUCUCGGAUCAUCUUCAUGCAACCAGAGCUUCCUCGCAAGGCGGCUGCCCACCGUAACUGUCGACUAUCAAUCUCUGUCCGCGCCUAAUAUCAAAGGCUCUUACAGCAUGGUCCUAAGGGGCGAGGUCAAACUCCCAACAGCCAUCGAGAUGAUCGACGAUGGUAUCCGAUGCGCCAAUCUUUUCCAGGAUCUCGACAUUUUCACAGCAUCAUGGCUCACAAGAGGCUGGACGUUUCAAGAGUUCCACCUGUCUAAAAGGAGACUCUUUGUCGGUCGAGCCGGCACGCACUUUUCGUGGAAUGGCGAUAGCAACACUUCGACACAGAGCGAAGACGGUAUCUCAACCAUUGGUCCAGGUCUUGUCUCGUUUGUGAUAGACAAGGAUGAGUGGAAAGCCACCCUGGAAAAACUUGGGGAAUUCUGGCACAAGGUCCUUUAUGAGUAUCGCCAGCGCCAAUUGACGAACGAAACAGAUCAUCUCCCUGCGCUCGCAGGCCUUGCGAGAUGGGUAGCAGACUCGAGCGGUGCACGCUAUCUUGCUGGUAUCUGGGAUACUCACUUGAGAACUGGUCUCAUGUGGAGUUGCACGUUGGACAGCCCAGAAAAAGAUGUCGAUCAAGACCGACCGAGCUUAUCCCAUCUCCUCAACAAUCUACGGACAAAGUCUUUGGCGCCAUCUUGGAGUCCCCUUUCUUUGAGAGAUGGUAGAACCGAUUUCUUGCCUUGGUCCUUAGCCAUACCGGUAGAUGAUGGGGAUGCGCAAUUCGAGCUGCUUGACGUUGGCAUAGACAUCGUCGAUAAAGUCCGCAAUCCAUUCGGCGCUGUACGCUCUGGAUUUCUCAGACUCGACGGUUUCUUCAUGUCUCUAGAUGGUACUGUCUUCUCACGUGGAGGUUCUAGCAAUGAUAAUACUCGGAGAUGGAACAUCCGCACCGAACCGGAUGGCGAUUAUGUGGCGCACGCUCUGCUGGACUUUACGCCGGCCAAGGAGAAUGUUGAGAUGGAGAAACUCGGCUUGCUGCUGACUUCAAGUACCCGGCCCGAAACUGCAUGGGUACAGAAAGAAGGCCUGGUCAUAUAUCCUGUAGAAGGCACAGGAGAUAGCGUGUACAGGCGAGUGGGUGUUUUCGUUAUUAGCGGCUCGGACACAAAGGCGGAGAAGAAAUGUGUUGAUAUUGUUGAGCGAUCUGAGAGGAGGACUUUGACACUGAUUUGA